AUGCUGUUCCGCAAACGAAAGCCCAAAGGUGACGACGAGGUGGUCACCUUCGACGAACUCACCCGCUUUCCGAUGACCUUCUACAAGACCAUCGGCGAGGAUCUGUACUCGGACCGGGAUCCCAAUGUGAUUAGGCGCUACUUGCUGCGGUUUUAUCUGGUGCUCGGGUUCCUCAACUUCAAUGCCUAUGUGGUGGGCGAGAUCGCGUACUUCAUAGUGCACAUCAUGUCGACCACAACGCUCUUGGAGGCCACUGCGGUGGCACCUUGCAUUGGCUUUAGUUUCAUGGCCGACUUCAAGCAGUUUGGAUUGACGGUGAAUCGAAGGCGUUUGGUGAAACUACUGGAUGACCUCAAGGAGAUAUACCCCGUGGACUUGGAGUCGCAGCGAAAAUAUCACGUAUCCUACUACCGGAAACACAUGAGCCGGGUAAUGAACCUCUUCACCAUCCUCUGCAUGACCUACACGUCGUCGUUCAGCUUUUAUCCGGCCAUCAAGUCGACCAUUAAGUACUACCUAAUGGGUUCGGAGAUUUUCGAACGAAACUACGGCUUUCACAUACUAUUUCCCUACGAUGCCGAAACGGAUCUGACGGUCUAUUGGUUUUCCUACUGGGGAUUGGCCCAUUGUGCCUAUGUGGCCGGCGUUUCCUACGUUUGCGUGGAUCUCCUGCUGAUCACGACCAUUACCCAGCUGACCAUGCACUUCAACUACAUAGCCGAUGACUUGGAGGCCUACGAUGGCGGUGAGCACACGGAUGAGGAGAAUAUCAAGUAUCUGCACGACCUGGUCGUCUAUCAUUCCAGAGCUUUGGACCUCAGCGAGGAGGUAAACAGCAUAUUUAGCUUCCUGAUCCUCUGGAACUUCAUUGCCGCCUCUUUGGUGAUUUGCUUCGCUGGAUUUCAGAUCACUGCCUCCAAUGUGGAGGAUAUUGUGCUGUACUUUAUCUUUUUUUCGGCCUCGCUGGUUCAAGUCUUUGUGGUCUGCUAUUACGGCGACGAAAUGAUUUCCUCGAGCUCCCGCAUUGGACACUCCGCCUUCAACCAGAACUGGUUGCCCUGCAGCACCACAUAUAAACGCAUCCUGAAAUUUAUUAUCAUGCGCAGUCAGAAACCCGCCUCCAUAAGACCGCCCACCUUUCCACCAAUAUCUUUCAACACCUUCAUGAAGGUAAUCAGCAUGUCAUAUCAGUUUUUUGCCCUCCUUCGCACAACUUACUACGGUUAA